UCAACUUUUGUUUGAAAAAAAAAAUUGGGAUUUUUAGCCUUUUCUUAAAUUUUCUUAUAUGGGUUUUUUAUUUUUAGCUGUAUACAUCAAUCUUUAGGUUUAACCUUGAACUUCUGUUGAAAAAAAUUGAAUCUUUAUUAAAAAAUGGAGAUUUUCAAGAUUUUCUUGAUUGGUUUACUCUGUGUUGGUACCAAUGCUGUUGAUCUUGAAGAUGAUAAAAGAGCAUUGUUGGAUUUAAUGAACAAUCUUGCACACUCUCGCUUACUAAAUUGGGAUUCCAACUCAACUACAAUGUGUAACAACUGGACUGGGGUCACGUGCAGUGAAGAUCGGUCACGUGUCAUUGGUCUCCGGCAUCCAGGAGUUGGUUUUCACGGUCAUAUUCCAGCAAACACCAUUAGCAGACUCUCAGCUUUGAAGAUCUUGAGCCUCAGAUCCAGUGGUAUUUCUGGUCUUUUUCCUGUUAAUUUUGUUAACCUCAAGAAUUUAUCUUCAUUGUACCUUCAGUUUAACCAGUUUUCUGGCCCACUGCCUCUUGAUUUCUCUGUUUGGAAGAGUUUAACAAUUGUUAAUCUUUCAAACAGUAAGUUUAAUGGGUCAACUCCAAGCUCCAUUUCAAGUUUGACCCAUCUUCCUGCUUUGAAUCUUGCUAAUAACUCAUUAAGUGGUCAGAUUCCUGAUUUGGGUAUGCAUGAUCUUCAAGUUCUUGAUCUUUCCAACAAUCAUCUCACUGGGUUAGUCCUAAAAUCACUUCAAAAGGAAUAGGGAGAUGGGAUUUUGUCGAAGCUCGAAAAAGGCGGAAUGUCGCCCGAAAAAGCGAUUUCGAGAACGCAAGAUGCGAAUAACCGGUUGGUUUUCUUUCAGGGGUGUAAUUAUGCGUUUGAUUUGGAAGAAUUGUUGAGGGCUUCGGUUGAGGUUUUGGGUAAGGGUACUUUUGGGAUGUUGUACAAGGCGAUUCUUGAAGACGGGACAUCUGUUGUGGUGAAGAGGUUGAAAGAUUUAAGUGUCGGGAAACGCGAGUUUGAGCAGCAGAUGGGGAUCGUUGGGAGUAUUAAGCACGAGAAUGUGAUCGAGUUGAGGGCGUAUUACUACUCAAAAGACGAGAAGCUAACUGUUUGUGAGUAUUACGGUCAAGGGAGCGUUGCCGCUAUGUUACAUGGGAAAUGGCCGUGUAUGCUUCACGAAGUGGUGCCAACAUAAGGAUUAAACUCAUCUGGAUUAACGCUAGGUGUCCACGUCAGCCAGGAGGUACUGAAUGUGGCUAAUCUGUGAUGAAGUUCAUGAAGGAGAUAGCUUACGAAGGAGUUGAAAUACUUGACAAUGAUAAUGUUGGGAAAGGAGUAGAAGAAUACUCGGCUGCGGAUAUGCAUGGCAUUCGUGAAGAUUGGUCGACUUAUGCGGUUAACUCUAUUUUUAAGUUAUAAAUCGUAUUUUAGGUGUUGAUAAUGUAUUGACAAACAAUUCUUUUUUUUGUUAACGCUAAAAUAUUUGUAGUAUACUUGACAAAUGAUUAUGUAAUGGAUUGUUUUGGUAUAUAUAUAUGUGUAUUUGUUUUAUGAAAA